AUGGAACGACCUUCGACCACCCCCCACAUAGCCAUCGUGCCAUCACCGGGCAUGGGUCAUCUCAUCCCUCUCGCCGAGUUUGCAAAGCGACUCCUCCACCGCCACACCUUCUCGGUCACCUUCGUCGUCCCCAACGACGGCUCCCCGUCCCAGGCCCAGAGGUCCCUCCUCGACUCCCUCCCUCCCUCCGUCACCUACGUCUUCCUGCCUCCCGUCAGCUUCGACGACCUCCCCGCCGAGACGACUCGCAUCGAGACCAUCAUCGCCCUCACGCUGGCGCGCUCCCUCCCCUCCCUCCGAGACGAGCUUUGGAGGCUGGCGGAGUCCACGAGGCUCGUCGCCCUCGUCGCCGACCUCUUCGGCACAGACGCCUUCGACGUGGCCGAGGAGUUCAACGUCUCCCCCUACCUUUUCUUCCCCACCUCGGCCAUGUGCCUGUCCCUGUUCCUUCACUUGCCGACACUGGACGAAGCGGUUUCUUGCGAGUACAGGGACCUUCCCGAGCCAGUGAAGAUACCCGGUUCCAUAUCGGUCCCUGGGAGUGACCUGAUCGAGCCGGUCCAGGACCGCCGCAACGAAGCUUACAAGUGGGUCCUCCACCACGCAAGGCGGUGCAGGCUGGCAGAGGGGAUGCUGCUGAAUAGCUUCGAGGAGCUCGAGCCAGGGGCGAUCGAGUACCUGCAAGGGGAAGAGACCGGGAAGCCACCGGUCUAUCCGGUCGGACCGCUGGUGAAGAUAGAGCAGAGCGGCAAGCCCGACGGCUCGGGGUGUCUGAAGUGGUUGGACAACCAGCCCAACAGUUCGGUCCUGUACGUGUCGUUCGGGAGCGGCGGGACCCUCUCGUACGACCAGAUUCAAGAGCUGGCUCUGGGAUUGGAGAUGAGCGAGCAUAGGUUCUUGUGGGUGGUGAGGACCCCUAAUGACAAGGCGGCCGACGCUAGCUACCUCACCGGGCACAGCCGAAACGAGCCGUCCGAGUUUUUGCCCAAAGACUUUCUAGAGAGGACCAAAGGCAGGGGCUUGGUGGUGCCCUCGUGGGCGCCGCAGGCCCAGGUCCUGGCCCAUAGCUCGACCGGCGGGUUCCUCACCCACUGCGGCUGGAACUCGACCCUCGAGAGCGUGGUCAAUGGCAUGCCGCUCAUCGCCUGGCCGCUUUUCGCUGAGCAGAGGGUGAAUGCGCUUAUGCUGACCCAGGACAUCAAAGUGGCAUUGAGGCCGAGGGCCGACGCGGAGAGCGGCCUGGUGGGGAGGGACGAGGUCGCCAGGGUCGUGAAGGGCCUGAUGGAGGGCGAAGAAGGGAAGGGCAUUCAGAGCCGCAUGAAGGAUCUCAAGGACGCGGCGGCAAAGGUGCUCGGCGACGAUGGGUCCUCCACAAGGGCGCUCUCCGAGUUGGCUCUCAAAUGGGAGGCCAAACUUGUAAAUCAGCUUCAUUAG